GCGCACAAAUAGAUCUCCGCACACAUUGAACAUCGCGGGAGAACACUGUCGGUUAAGGCGAGACAAGUCACAGCAAUACCACUCCACUCACCAGUCGGCAACUGUCUAAACACUCUUCUCCAUACAGUUUCCAAGCCAAAACGAAGUGGUUGAUGCCAGAAGUAAAAACUUCUGGAGUAUGUACUUGGAACACACCUUCGCCUGAAGCACUGGCAGGAACAGAGAAAAUUAAGAGUUCCGCUGCUCGAAAAAGGCUACUGUUGCGUUAGACGACUGAGUAACAUAAGAAUUACGUCACACGUCGUUUCCAUCACAAAAGCUGGCUGGCGUUCAGUGUUAAGUCCUGAACAAUAAGAACUAAGUGGAGGGAGGACACACACGUGACCAUACAUGAUCCAUGAUUCAUUUAUAUGGUACUGGAGCACCGCAGCCACACACCCAAGACUCAUGGCGGCCCAAGACAAUAGUGUUUCAACGGGCAGCCACAAUAGUUCUCAAGACUACGGGGUCACUGAGCCUCGUACUCGUAGGGCAUCUUGCCAAAGCGGAAGACCACCACAUCCGCUGUUGAGAGCAGGAAUCUUCUCCAAAGUAUUUUUCAUCUGGAUGUUCGGCUUCUUCCGUCGAGGGUCUGAGAGACCUCUCGUAGAGGAAGACUUGUAUGAUGUUUUGCCAGAAGACUCUGCGAAUGUGUUAGUGAGUAAACUCGAAAGUGAAUGGAAUAAGGAACUGGAGAAAAGUAAUGUCACGGGGAGGCCUCCGUCCCUCCGCUGGGCGUUGAUUAGAGCCUUUGGCGUGAAGUUCAUGUCAUACGGUUUGCCAGCUUUCGUUGAGGAGGUCAUUUUGAAGAUGGCCCAGCCGUUGAUGCUAGCACGAUUGGUUCUUUACUUCUCCACGGACCUCGUAUCAACCACUGAGGCCUACCUGCAAGCAGCCGGUCUCUCCUUGUCCUCCCUAGGUCUUGUCGUCGCCCACCACUGGUGCUUCUUCGGCUUUGGACGCAUGGGAAUGAGACUCAGAAUUGCCUGUUCGGCCCUCAUCUUCAGGAAGGCACUGAAGCUCAGCAACCUCGCUCUAAGAGAGACCACAAUCGGUCAGCUGGUGAAUAUCCUCUCCAAUGACGUUAACAGAUUCGAUCUGGCCUUUGUGCUCUUGCAUUACCUGUGGAUAGCACCAAUCCAGCUGAUCGUGGUGUGCAUCUUAUGCUGGCGAGAGAUCGGUGUUUCGUGCCUGGCGGGGCUCUCCAUCAUGAUCUUGAUGGCGCCACUGCAGGGUUACGCUGGGAAGCUGUUUUCCAAGUUAAGAUCCAAGACGGCCCUGUUGUCAGAUGCCAGACUCCGUAUCAUGAAUGAAGUCAUCUCGGGGAUGCGCGUCAUCAAGAUCUACGCCUGGGAACAAUCUUUCGGAAAACUAGUUGCUGAAAGCCGAGGCAAGGAGAUACGCAAGAUAUUGUAUGGUUCAUAUUUACGCGCGCUGAUUUAUGGGCUGCAGUUCGAUGCUAUCCUACUGACGACAUUCGUCACGUUUGUGGUCUAUGCCUCGCUUGGCAACCCCGUCACGCCCUCCAAGGUGUUUCCAGUGAUCUCGCUGAUCUACAACUCGCGAGUUUGCCUGUCUUUAUUCUUUCCAUUCGCUGUCAUGAACGGGGCGGAGGGACUUGUCUCCAUCCGUAGGAUUCAGAAAUUUCUGCUCAUGGAAGAGCUUGAGAGACACACCGACAAGGCCACUGUGGAUGUAACUGCCAAUGUUGGACUGGAAAAUCCCGCGGUUCUGUUGGACGAGAUAAGUACAAACGGUGUUGUUGCUCCGAGGGAAGUUCAUAAUGAGAGCGACCACGAUGGCACGGACGCCUCACAGCAUUUGGAAAAAGAAGUACAGUCAAAAUACACGAACUGUGUAAUACAAUCCGAGGGAGAUGAGGAGGUUGGAGUUAUCGUUAGGCCUGCUGAGAUUGAGGAACAAGACGAUUUAGACAAGCCUGUACUGUCCCUUGAUCCAGAAGUCGAGAAAGGAAUUGUUGUGAAAAACUUGUUUGGAUCAUGGAACAAGGGUGUUAGCAACACAGUCCUUCAUGACAUCAGUUUUCGCGUUGAGCCGGGAGAACUUCUCGCUGUGAUCGGUCCUGUUGGGUGUGGAAAGUCUUCCCUGUUGAUGGCCCUGCUGGGGGAGCUUCCCACUGUAUCAGGAGUCAACGCCCUAACCGGCCGGGUUGGCUACACGGCUCAGCAACCCUGGAUCCUGUCCGGCUCACUCAGGGAUAACAUCCUCUUUGGGAAUGAAUACGAUGCGGCCAAGUACAAGCGAGUCAUUCAGCAAUGUGCGCUCACCAAGGAUAUCGAGCUUCUACCUCGUGGGGAUCAGACAUUUGUGGGAGAGCGUGGGGUGACCCUCAGCGGAGGUCAGCGGGCAAGGGUCAGCCUUGCUAGGGCCUUGUAUAUUGAUGCUGAUGUGUAUCUGUUGGAUGAUCCGCUGAGCGCAGUGGAUCCGGCAGUCGGUAGGCACCUCUUUGAAAGGUGCAUCCUUCAUGAAAUGAAUGACAAGGGGCGGAUCCUGGUAACUCAUCAGUUGCAGUUCCUGGACGAGGCCGAUAAGAUUCUCAUCCUGAAGCAGGGUAGUACAGCCGGCUAUGGGACCUACCAAGAGUUACAAAAGGAAGGCGUGGACUUUGCUGCCCUCCUUAAGAAGAAGUCCAAGGACGGUGACGACGCUGGAGAAAAGGAGCAGGUCCUCGAACCGAAGACGCGCAAAAGGAAAAUGUCAACGAGCUCCAGUGCUUCGUUUUGUCCAGCCAAAGAUGAGGCUGAGGCACCCUUGGACAUUCCCCCGGAGGAAAUGGCGUUAGGGACCGUUGAGUGGAUGGUGUACUUCCGGUACUUCCGGGCAGCAGCGGGAUUCCUCUUUCUGCUCGCCUGGGUGAUCAUCGUGGUCGGUGCACAGGCUGCUCUGACUUUCACGGACCUCUGGCUGGCAACGUGGGCUUACGAGGAAGAGAAGGAUUUGGCAGCCAGAAAUCAGGAUUGUCAGAAUGCCAGCAAAUACGACAACCAGUCACAUUACGUCAGAAUUUACGCCAUGUUGUGUGGAGGAUCCACGCUUCUCUUGUUUGUCCGUAGCUUUCUGUUCUUCCAUCUGUUCGUGACGGCUUCCCGGGCUCUUCACAACCAAAUGUUUGCCUCCAUCGUCAGAGCCCCCAUGCAGUUCUUUGACACAAAUCCAGUAGGUCGGAUUCUGAAUCGCUUUGCCAAGGAUAUCGGCUUCAUGGACGAUGUCUUGCCAGGAACAUUCACAGAAUUUCUGCAGAUCACCUUGACUACCGUCGCCAUAAUCAUCUUGAUUUCCAUCUACAAUCCUUUUUGCCUCGCCUUCACCUUCCCGAUUGCCAUUGUGUUUUUCCUGACAAGGAGGUACUACUUAGCCUCCUCUCGAGACGUCAAGAGGCUAGAAGGAGUAGCUCGCAGCCCAGUGUUUUCUCACCUGUCGGCCACUCUGGUUGGUCUAAGCACUGUCCGGGCGUUCAAGGCCCAGCGGCGCUUCAUCGCGGACUUCGACGGGUACCUGGACGGCCACACCCGGGCCUGGUUCCUCUUCCUGGCCACGUCCCGCUGGUUUGGAGUGCAGCUAGAUUUCUUCAGCAGCUUGUUCAUCUGCGGAGUUUGCUUCACCAGUAUCAUGGCUGCUGGCCUUCUUGGUCUGAACUCUGGCAUUGUCGGCCUGUCGUUGACUUACGCCAUCAGCCUGAUGGGGAUGUUCCAGUGGGCAGUUCGACAGAGUGCCGAGUUGGAAAACCAGAUGACAUCUGUGGAGCGCGUCUGUCAGUACAUUGACAUAAAGCCCGAGGCUCCCUUGGAGACCGACCAUAAGCCGCCUCCUGACUGGCCACAAGAGGGAGGUAUUACACUCCGGGAUACAUCCCUCAGAUACACCGAUGACGGGCCUCAGGUGCUGCAAAAUAUCUGCUGCUCCAUCAAGCCGAAAGAAAAGGUCGGCAUCGUGGGCAGGACCGGGGCUGGCAAGAGCUCCCUGAUGACAGUGUUGAUGCGACUGGCCGAACCCACGGGCACCAUCAUGAUAGACGGUAUCAACACGGCCCUGAUUGGGCUGCACGACCUCCGCAAGAAGGUUUCCUUCAUCCCACAGGAUCCAAUCCUGUUUAGCGGAACACUGCGGAAGAACCUCGAUCCGUUCGAUGAGCACGCUGAUUGUGAUAUAUGGAGAGCCAUUGAAGAGGUGGAGUUAAAGCCAGCUGUGGAAGAGCUUCCUGACAAGCUGGAGGCAGUCCUGACAGAGGGAGGCACCAACUUCAGCGUGGGUCAGAGACAGCUGCUGUGCCUGGCCAGGGCCAUCCUACGUCAGAACAAGAUCCUGAUAGUGGACGAAGCCACGGCCAACGUGGACAUCAGAACGGACCGGUUGAUCCAGGAGACUAUCCGACAGCGAUUCAAGCACUGCACGGUCCUGACCAUAGCUCACCGCCUCAACACCAUCAUGGACUCCGACAAGGUCAUGGUACUUGACGAAGGGUGUCUGAUCGAGUUUGACGAGCCUUACAUUCUGCUCCAGAAGGAGGACAGUGCCUUCACCAGGAUGGUCCAAGAGACAGGGAAGGCUGAGACGGUCAAACUCCUCCAGAUCAGUGCUGACAUGCAUGCGGAGAAAGCUGUCCACGACCCGGAAGACGCUGAUAUACCGGUAUGUCUGUAACACGGAAAACGUCGGUUGGCCCCAAGUGACAAGAAAUAAAAAUUCAACUUUUCAAGUGUUGGAAAGAUAUGCGAAAAAGUCAUGCUGUUCAUUACACUGGUUGGGAAUUUCAUCCGUCCGUUGACUGGGUAUUGCUGUGUAAAUAUACUGUUGUUUCGAACGACUAAGUAGAAUGUGCAUUGAUUAAAAAUCAGCUCCCUUUUAGUGCCCGCAAUUUAUGAGGAUGGAAUUUUCGGUAUAUUUUGCCAACUGGUCUGGAAGCGCCUGCUUCCUAAUUAAAGGUUUUGUUUAAACUUCCUAAGGUAUUAAGCGUUUAUUACAUGCUCAGAGGAAGAUAUUUAAUUGUGUAUUUAAUCAUUUUUUCCAAAUGGCUUAGGUAUCAAGAAAAAGCUUCCUAUUUUGCAACGUUAGGCAGGCUAACAACAAAAACGAUUGCUGUAGUUGUACUGCUAAUUGUAAAACAAAAUCCCCUUUGAAAUGCAUUUUAUUCUUAAAAUAUAUUUUAUCUCUUAGAAAUACGAAGCUCUUAUUAAAUCACACGGUGUCUGCCUACGUUUAAACUUUCACUAACAAAGUUGUGGUUCACUGUCGAAAUUAAUGUAGUGGCAAGUGGGGAGGUGCCCAGGGGUGUCCAGCAUGCGCGCGGCCUGCAUUUGGUUGGAGACAGUCCCAGUAACCAGUAGAGACAGAAACUGGCUUUUUCCAAACCCUACUUUUAUUGAUCCCUUGACUGCACAGACAUAACAAAAUACACCCCAAGGAAGAUAAUAAAACUGAAUCCCUGCAAGGCAGAUUAA